UGUUGGCCUCGUCUCAUGUCCUCCGACUUGCCAUCCCUUCCAGCGUCCACGCUACCUAGCCCUGAUGCGGUAUUAGAAUCAGCGACUAGCGUCGCAGCCCAAUCAACCGCUGCGCCGUCUGCCAGCGGCUCUGGGGCCACAUCCCUACUUACCUCAAUUCUCGGAGACAAUGUGUACUUUCAAGCUGGCUUCGGCCUUAUGGGUGUAGGCGUAGGCCUCACUGCCCUUCGCAAAGGCAUCAUCGUUUCCGAAGUAGCCCUCCGCCGAAGACUCCUCGUUUCCCUCGAAAUCAACAACCGCGACAAGGCCUACGAAUGGUUCUUGACAUGGCUAGCGCAUCAUAGUCGAGAACAAAACGCAACUCGCUACGGAGGAUGGACUAAGAGUCAUCAGUUAAGUCUGGAGACCGCGGUGGAGCAGAGAAAGAAUGGGAGUUCGUCGGUCGCGUUUAGACUUGUAGCAGGUCCCGGGUUGCAUUGGGUGAAAUACGGGGGUGCGUGGAUGCAGGUAAAACGUGAACGCGAGACUCGCGCGACACAACUUAUGUCUGGAAUACCUUGGGAGACCGUCACUCUCACCACCCUCUCCCGCGACCGGCCACUCAUCCCAACACUGCUUUCGGAAGCACGAGACCUCGCUAUGAAAGGUCAAGAGGGCAAACUUGUCAUUCAUACCGCUUGGGGUAUCGAGUGGAGGCCCUUUGGUUUGCCACGGAGGAAACGGCCGCUGAAGAGUGUCGUCCUUGACCAAGGAGUGGGAGAGAAGGUCGAGGAGGAUGUAAGGGCGUUUCUAGGGAGGAGAGAAUGGUACGCUGACCGUGGCAUACCAUACCGGAGAGGCUACUUACUUCACGGACCACCCGGCUCUGGAAAGUCGUCCUUCAUCCAAGCACUCGCUGGCUCCAUUAAUUACGAUAUUUGUCUCCUUAAUCUCUCCGAACGCGGUCUUACGGACGACAAACUCAACCACCUCAUGUCUAACGCGCCCGAAAGGAGCUUUAUCCUGAUAGAAGAUGUCGACGCCGCAUUUAACAAACGCGUACAAACCAGCGAGGAUGGCUAUCAAUCAUCUGUCACAUUCUCCGGCUUCCUCAACGCCCUCGACGGCGUGGCCUCGGGCGAAGAACGCGUCAUUUUCCUAACCACAAACCACCUCGAACGACUAGACCCCGCUCUGAUCCGGCCUGGUCGCGUCGACCUCGCCGCCCUCAUCGACGACGCAACUGCUUUACAAGCAAGGAAACUCUUCACUCAGUUUUACGGAGCCUCCGGGCAAACGUGGCAACCGGCAGAGAAAGAGGCUCAGGAGGCGGAGAUAGAGAGCUUGGGUGCAGAGUUGGAGAAGAUUGUGAAGGAGGAGAUGGGUAAGGGGAGGAGGGUGAGCAUGGCAGCGUUGCAGGGGUUGUUCAUCAGGAAUGGAGCGAAGGAAAGCGUCGAACAGAUGAGGGAGCUGUUUGUGGCGCGGUAACAGAACUUCGUAAUCUGGACACAUCGACCAUCUGAACAGUUAUUCGGGGGCAAAUCUAAUAAAGCAACAUGCUUC